UUAUAGGCCUAAUUUCAUGUAUAACAUAACCUUCUCUUAAAAGAUACCCUUUAAUUGCUUCUACUUACACACUAAUAAGAAGCUAUGGCUGCAAUGAAACUCCAUGGAAACCCUAUGUCACCAGCCUCCAUGAGAGUUGCUGCUGUCUUGUAUGAGAAAGAGCUUGAUUUUGAGUUUGUUACUAUUGACAUGAGGAAUAGUGAACAUAAAAAGGAGCCUUUUCUUUCUCUCAAUCCAUUUGGUCAAGUUCCAGCAUUUGAAGAUGGAGACUUGAAGCUCUUCGAAUCAAGGGCAAUUACAAAAUACAUUGCACAUGAAUAUGCUGAGAAGGGGACUCAACUAAUAGUAACCAAUGAUUCAAAGAAGAUGGCUAUAAUCACUGUAUGGCUUGAAGUUGAAGCUCAACAAUAUGAUCAAGCAGCUUCAAAACUUCUAUGGGAGCUUCAUUUUAAGCCACUCUUUGGCAUCCCAACAGACCCAAAAGUUGUUGAAGAGAAUGAAUCAAAGCUUAGUAGUGUUCUUGGAAUCUAUGAGAAGAGGCUCUCUGAGACAAAGUACUUGGCUGGUGAAUGUUUCACUUUGGCUGAUCUUCAUCACCUUCCAACCCUUCAUUUGUUGAUGUUAACGCAGGUGAAGAAGCUGUUUGAGCCUCUGCCACGUGUCAGUGCUUGGGUGGCUGAUAUUACGGCUAGGCCAGCUUGGUCUAAGGUCACUGCCAUGCUCAAUUAAUUAGUUGAUUAAUUUGAGUUGUUAGUGUUGUUUGAUUUGGGUAUGUUUCUCUUAGAAUAAAGUUUGUGUGUGUGACCAAAAUAAUUUAGUGCUAGAAAGUCUUAUAUGUUGCCUCGGAUUCUCAAUUUGUGUUGAGAAGAUUGGACAUUAUGGGAUUUUGUGAUUCAUGUACCAAGUUUUGGAUUAACUUGUCUUGAUCCUCUGCUUUAAAUAAAGUUAGUUCUAGUUUUUUUUU